GCUCACUGUGACUGUGACAGCGUGAGUGGCGCAGAGGAGCCGAGCGCAGCUUCAUCUCUGCGCAUUUUCGGAUUCUAGUGAAGAGACCUUGCGGCUGGAUUUGGAUUAUUAAAACAGAAGAGAGUCCGGACCGAGCCGAGCCAGCCGAGCGGACCGACGAGCCGAGCUGGGCCGGACCAGAACAUCCCGAAAAUACAGACAGAGAGCCAGACAGGUGCUUCAUCUCUCUUCCAGAGCCGCCGGAGUCAUCCUCCGAGGUGAUGCUGCGCGUCUGUUUCCAUCAGGCCUCCUGUGUGUCCGCGUGACGUCGACAGGGACUCAAACCUGCGACCUGGAGCCAACAUGGCUGCCGUGUGUGGAGCUUCGUUAACAGUGUGUGUGUGUUUCCUGCUGCUGCCGCCUGCGGUCACCGCUUCAGGUCUGCAGUUGGAGGACAGAGAGUGCGUCUUCUCUGACAUGCUGCAGAGGGCGGAGCCUCACAGCAGACCGACCAAUGAGCUGCGAGGACUGGUGCCAGAAAACAGCACGGUUCGCUGCAACCGCCGCUGCUUUGGAUUGUGGGUAAAGAAACCAGACGGGGGAAUGCUCCCGGUCAAGCAAGGUUGCUGGACUCACGUUGGCGACCAGCAGGAGUGUCAUAGCGACCGUUGCCAGGUAACAGCGGCGGCAUCUUUGACCCUGAACGACACCGCCUAUCAUUUCUGCUGCUGCAGCCGAGACCUCUGCAACGCCAACUUUACCGAGCCCCCGCCCACCGCAGACCCCCCCGCCCUGAGGAUGAUGAAGGCAGACGGGCGGGACGACAGACUGACAGUCUGUUUGCUACACAGAUCCCCAGCCACUAAGACGGGAGGAGCGGCGUCAUCGCCUGGUACUGGCGCCAUAGCAGCCGUUGCUGUUGUGGGCUUGUUUCUGGGAUACCGCAUGAUGAAAGGGAAGCAGAAAACCAGUUUGUUGGAUGUGAUGGAGACAGCAGCCAGUAACACCGCUGUCGACCUGGAUCACCUCAAACUACUGGAGCUGAUUGGCCGGGGCCGUUACGGCUCAGUGUUCCGCAGCUGUCUUAACGAGCGCCUCGUGGCCGUCAAGGUGUUCAGCUCGGCCAACCGCCACAACUACGCUAACGAGCGCUCCAUCUACCGCGAGCCGCUGCUGCAGCACGACAACAUCGCCCGCUACCUGGGCGCCGACGAGAGGGUGGGGGCCGACGGGGGGGCGGAGCUCCUCAUCCUCAUGGAGUACUACCCACAUGGCUGUCUGUCCCACUACCUGUCUCACCACACGGUGGACUGGUCUACCUGCUGCAGGAUGACUCACGGUGUGACCAGAGGACUCGCCUUCCUGCACACUGAACUCUACAGAGGAGACCAGUACAAAGCGGCCGUGGCCCACCGAGACGUGACCAGCAGGAACGUCCUGGUCCGAGCCGAUCUGUCCUGCGUCCUGGCCGACUUUGGCCUGUCCAUGAGGCUGACGGGGACCCUGCCCUGUCGCCCCGGAGACGAGGACACCGUGGCCAUAUCUGAGGUGGGGACGGUGCGCUACAUGGCCCCUGAGGUCCUGGGUGGAGCUCUGAACCUGAGGGACUGUGAGUCGGCGCUGAAGCAGGUGGACGUCUACGCUCUGGGGCUCCUCUACUGGGAGACCUUCAGGAGGUGUCCUCACCUGUUCCCAGGCGAGGCAGUCCCUGACUACCAGCUGGCAUUCCAGGCCGAGCUCGGCAACCAUCCAAGCUUCGAGGAGAUGCAGGUCCUCGUGGUCCGGGAGAAGGUCCGGCCCAGGUUCCCCGAAGCCUGGAAGGACAACAGCCUGCACACUGCAGUACACAACCACAGGAACCUGUCUCAGGGUCCCUGGCCUCCAGCUGGCUCCGCCCCCUCCUACAUCGAGGAUCUCCAGGUGGGCGUGGUCAAGAAUCUCCAUGGAGACAGCCAACCAGCAGUGGUCGUUAAGACAACCACGAGUGGAGCAGAAGUUCCUGAGAAGAACAGAAACGCCAUCAACCAUGAGCGGCAGCAGGCACAGGCUCGCUCGUCCACUUCAGACAACCUGUUGUCCAGCUCCACCCUGACACCUGCCUCCACCCUCUGCACCCUCUUAGAGUCCCACCACACAGGGGGCGCUGUGCCCAGUGUCUGCCGGCCGUUGACAGAAGAAGACCUGGAGACCCAGAAACUGGACCCCAAAGAGGUGGACAAGAACUUGAGGGAGAGUUCAGAGGAGAACCUGAUGGAGCGGUCCCAGAAACAGUUCGGUUCAACGGAGCAACGCCGGACCAACCUGCUGCACCGCCAGAUCCUCCAAACGGCUGAGGGGAACAGCCCUGUGUCGGUUCCCCAGGGGGAGCUGGGAGGUGUUGGGGGGGUUUUGACCAUCCACCCCCUCCCCAAACAGCAGAACAUGCCCCAGAGACCCACCAGCCUCCCCUUCCUCCACAAAACCAAGGAGACCGCCUCUUCCAGACUGAAGUUGGGAAAGUCCAACCACAAACAGGUGGAAACCGGCGUUGCUAAGAUGAACACGGUUGUGGUCGCCACGGCUGCAGAGCCUCGCCAGGUUACCGCGGUAACUAUCAACACCAGCACGAGAGGAGGCGGCGGCGCUGCUGUGAGCCGAGUUCACUCGAAAACGUCGGUCGCCAGCGGCUACAGUGCGGGCGCCCCCACCCUGAUGACCAACGUUCUGAUUGGCGGUGGGCAGACCAAUCCGGCGGGGCCGCAGCUGGAGGACGAAGACAAGAUGGAGGCCGGAGAGGACCAGGGUAUAAACCUGCUCAACGCCAGUCCAGAUGAACAUGAACCUCUGCUGAGUCGAGAGCAGCAGCCCGCUGAGAGCCAACCCGGAUCAAACGCCAACAACAACAACAACCGGACCGCGUGGGCCUCCAACAAGGUUCAGGGCUCAGAUCCAGACCCGUGUGUCCGCAGAGUGCUUUGUGCAGGACCGGCAUCGAUCCCUCGGUCCUCCAGAAGCCCAGAGACCUGUCUUUGUGCAGGACCGGCAUCAAUCCCUGGGUUCUCCAAAAGCCGAGAGACCCGUCUUUGUGCAGAACCGGAGUCGACCCCUGGGUGCUCCAGAAGCCCAGAGAUAUGUCUUUGUGCAGGGCCGGUGUCGAACCCUGGGUCCUCCAGAACCCCAGAGACCCGUCUGAUCCAGACUCAAACAGAAGAAGCUCCGGGGAUAGUUCCAAAUGCCCUCAGAUCCCCAGCUUCCGCAUCUUCAAAAGCAAAGGCCCCGGUUUUACACAAAGCCCUAAACCCUCCAGUCUCUGAUCCAAACCCUCCGGUCUCUGAAUCUCAACAUCAGAAACCCACAGCUCUUCUAGAACCUGCAGUGGCUCUACGACGUCCAGCCUUCGAUCCACAAUCCCCAGGUUUGCCGCAGAACAGACGCGGGCGUCCGUGUUCCCUCGACCUUUCAGCAUCCUGCACCUCUUCAGAUGAUGUUCCUCUGACCGAUGACGGCGCUCUGAGCGCUUCGGGAGAGAAAAUAAAACGCAGAGUCAAGACCCCGUACACCGUGAAGAAAUGGCGUCCGGCCUCGUGGGUCGUUUCCACGGAUACAGCUCUCGACCCGGACUUCGAGUUCAUCACCGGCGGCGGCGGCGGCAGUCAGACCCAUUUCCCCUCUGGUUGCCAUGGAGCGGGAAGCUUUGGCAUCCCCAAAAUCAAUCAGUCUAAAUCCAGCAUGGCGGUGUUUUGGGUCGGAGGCGGAGCCACAGCGACGGCGACCUCCGACCCCGACGGGAACACCUGCUUCUAAACGGUGAUGUCACGGCGUUGUCUUUUCUUAAAGGGGCGGCUGCGUAGUGAGGUCACAGCGUCAGUAUCGGCCAUUCAUAGAGGAGAGUUUCCCUUUUUUCACCCCCUUUUCCUUCUUCUCCUUUGUUGUGGUGGAUGGAACAUCUGGAACAUCUGGAGCGCAGGGAAUGGCCCACGGAAAGAAACCAAGACCCUGGCGAGCAUGGUGGAACCGGACCGGGCGAGGAACCAAUCAGAGAGCUGCAAAAAACACCCGAGGAAAUCUCUGACUGGAAUCAGAUUACGGCUUCAUCUCCACCGCUACGUUUUGGUUUAAGAAGGAAAAUAUUCAGCUACAUUCCCCCCUCUCAUUCCCCCUGCUCUGGUGUUCCCCCUCUCAU